GCUACUGAGAAAAAGUAUUGUUAAUAAACCAGAUUAAGUGUCAUAUCAUUUUUCCGGUUAAGGAACAGCAAAAAAUACCCUCAGAGAUAUUGUUUUUUUUUUGUUUCAACCACUUAAUCAAAACAAAGUUGUUCAUAUAAAAUAGAUAGAAAGCGAUAAGAAAUACCGUGGGAUCCACUUAUAAUUUCCGUAACAUAUAGUCAGUAUAUAAUAUUUAUGAUAUCGAGUGCUUUCGUGAUAUCACAAGUAUUAUCAAAGACACGAUAGAUAGGCCAUAAUGGUCAGUCUCUUUCAAAUAAGUGUCUUUACGUGAGAGUGACUUGUGUAUAGCAUUGCAUUUCGUUUCUAUGUUAUUAAUAAGUAAAGUUUAUGUGAGUUUUAUGAUUUCAUAUAAUGUUUGGCUAAAGCUUUUUCGGUAAUUAGUUUUUUGUGCUAUUCUUAUUAUUGUUAUUAUUUGAAGAAAUGUGCAAAAUCAGUUAUGUGCUAAGAAUGAUUAAAAGAUCAUAUCAUUUCAGAUUCAUUGAACAUCAAUCGCUCAUACCUAUUUAAGGAAUUUAAAAGUGAAUAACAAUCAAUCGGCAUUUAUAGGUUGGAUCGAUGAUGUUAUAUAUUAAGUAUUUAGCAGAUUGGUAUUCUUUUAUACUCAAAAUUUCUUAGUACUCUCUUUCGAUUAAAAAAUAAUCGAAUUCAAAGAAUUUAUCGAUAAAAGCGAUCCCUAAAACGAAAGAAAAAGUAGAAGGAGUUUCAGACAGUCACAUUUUGACUUUGCUCGAAAGUGAACGAACUUGUGUUGAAUUAACUUCUCGAAUUAUUAUCAUUUGUUACUAACUUAAGUUAUUUAUUUAAUGAACUUUUGUGCAAUCUUUUGUGAACUAAUAAUCCAUCACAGCCGAUAUAUGAAGACGGAAGUCGUAAAAGCAAUCGGUAAUUGUUUGUGUGAGAAUACAUAAAUAAAUGCAUGACAACGUCCUUGACGAUAAAUUGUGACUUGAAUGAAGAAGUAUUGAAUGUAAAGUCAUUGGUUGACCGCAGAAGUGAUGAUUAAAAAAUGCAAUUAUAGAAUGUUAUUCUCACAAAUGUUAUAAAAAAUAUUCAGGAACAAUUAGCUAUAAAUCACUGUCAUGAAUAGAUGUAAUGAGAAAUCAACAUGCUAAAGGAUAAAAAAAUUCUUAAUUUCUAAAUGUAAAUUGGAAUUAUAAUGAGUGCAAUGACUGUCAUACAAUGUCUAAGGUUCAAAAGAAUGAAUCAAAUUCUCAUUCAGUUGCAGUAAAUAUCCUUGAUAAGUAUGUGUCAACAAGCCACCAACACCAAAGUAGUUCAUCUUUCAUAUGUCAAUAAGCUAGUCACGUGGAAUCUUGUGAGGAUUUUAAAUAUUUGAACUCUUUUAUAUCUAUUUCUUUUUAAAUAACUAUAAAUGAAUUUCGAUAUUUAUUUAACUAGAUAACAAAAAGCUAUUGAAAAGAAUGCAACAGAUAUCGUGGCCAUGCGGGAGAAAGUUGAACUUGUUGCCGAAACAUCAGAACUCAUUGCAUUCACCUGUCAAUCGUCCUUCGCUUGAAAAAUCAAAUACAUUAUUCUGUCUUCACUUACAAGUCUGAUCCCUCACAGACCCUUACGCAUAUUGUUUGAGUCUAGACAGUUCAUGAGUGAUAUAGAAAUUCAAUUAAAUAACUGUAUUUAUUUUUAAGUAAACCACGUUUUUUUUAUAAAAAAUUCCAUUUUUUGUGGGAAUAUUUAACGGAGUUAUUUUUAUCUUACUUUUUUAUUAAGUGAAAAAUAUAUACGUGUGGCUUCCGGUUACAUGUCAAGUGGCCCAUUUUCAUUAUCUUGAUAAAGUCCUCUGGACUUACAUCGUUAGAUCGUGGUUUCUGUCAGUUCUGUUAAGUGAAAAAUGCACGUUAGUGAAACAAGAAUAAAUUCAAAGCUAUCAAAAAAUAAAAUUCUGAAUAAAAAAAUUAAAACAAUACUUUAUAAUUAUUAGAUUUAACAAUUGAAUUUAACCAAUGUUAAUAAUGAAUGAUUUAUAAGAUCACAUGGAAAAAGAUGAAUAGAUUGAAUUUAAAAAAAAAAAAAUUAAAUGUAAGACUAUUGAAAGUGAUAAAUAGUGAUAAUUAACCAAUUAGCAAGUAAAUAUUCUAUGAAAAAUUUGAAAACAUGGAUGUGGAAUUAGUCACCAGAACAUCUCUUAGUUCACUUUCUAAAGUAGAUGAUGGAAGAAUUGUCUCACCAAAUAGUCUUGAUGAGUGGACAUGGUCAAGUCUUAGGAAACAAUUCGAGUACAAAAAUCUUGAAAAAUUAUAUACAAUCUAUCAAAGAAGGCUCCAAAAUGGCUACUUGUCCCUCUUUGUUUUGGUGCAACUGGUGCUGGGGAUUACCCACUGUACUAUUUUAAUAAUGACGGUCGAGAUAACGGCGUCCCUGCCAGACGUGAUGGCUUGGGGCAUCAUGGGUGCACUCCUUAGUCCAGUAAUAGCUCUAUCCUUCAGAUCUAAACUCAUCACUAGAGAAACAUAUCUUCCAGUACUAUUGUCCUGCAUAAUUGUUGUCCUUCUUGUCCUUGGUGACUUAGCCGUGCCCUUCUGGUACACUCUCAACUAUACCGAGGACAUGAGAACGAUAAGACCCGCAUAUUCUACUCAUGUUCUGCUUGCUUGCUACGUUUUUCUUCCACUUACAGAAAAUCUUCAUGCAUUCAUUCUUGGAAUCACAGCAACCCUUUGCUACUUGUUGAGUCUUUCUUUAAUAACUUACAGGAAUCAACCAGAUUUCGCUGGAAAAAUCAUCGGUGAUACUAUUUAUUUUGCUUGUGUCAACAGUCUUGGACUUUACUUUAGAUUCAUGAAUGAAGUUGUCAUUCGAAGAUCUUUUCUAGACAGAAGAAAAUGUGUUGAAUCAACAUUGCGGCUUAAUUAUGAAAAAGAUCAAGAAGAGCAACUUACAAGGAGUAUUCUACCUCAACAUUUCGCAGCAAAAAUUAAAAAAGAUUUUCGAGAUAUUUUUAAAUUUAUUGAAGAACACAAAAAACCACCUCCUAAAGGUCGACGUAGAAAUGAUUUAUAUGUGGAAACUCAUGAUAAUGUCAGCAUAUUAUAUGCCGACGUUGUAAAUUUCUCUGGCCUUACGGUAACUUUGCCAGUUAAAAAACUUGUGGAAACCCUAAAUGAUCUCUUUGGAAGCUUUGACGAAGCUUCUGAGCGUCACAAUGUUUUGAGAAUAAAAUUCCUUGGUGACUGUUAUUACUGUGUAAGCGGAGUUCCUACACCAAACGCUCAACAUGCAAAAAGUUGUGUUGAUCUUGGUCUAGACAUGAUAAAAAUAAUCAAAGAAAUUCGUGCGAGAGUUCGAAGAGAGAGUGGAGUAGAUAUAAACAUGAGGAUAGGAGUUCAUUCCGGCAAGAUAAUAUCUGGAAUUUUGGGAGCAAAUAAAUGGCAAUAUGAUGUAUGGUCUAGAGAUGUAGUUAUAGCAAAUAAAAUGGAACAAACAGGUCAACCAGGAAAAGUACAUGUAACACAACAGACAUUAAAUCUUCUUAACAUAAGUCAAUAUGAUUGUGCGCCAGUUGAAACCUUAAAUGAUGAAACUUUACAAAAGUAUAACAUUAAAAGCUAUUUAAUCACACCAUCUUUACCUGAUACCCCAGUACGGCAGAACAGCGAGAACAAUUUGACAGUCACUACGUCAGGCAUUCCACCUCCUCCAACCAAGCACUAUGUCCGUUGGUACAGCGGUAGACCAAGUACAAAUGUAAGAUCUUCAAGAAAUUCUAGAAGAUUGACAUCAACAAUGAAUAAUCAUGCUGAUGUAUUUGCUGGUACAUUCAGACGUAGAACUCAUUUUAUGGAUUCCUGCUUAAAAGAUUAUCAUUUAAUGUUAAAGGCAGCUGAUGCCGAAAUGGAAAAAGCAAUUAAACAAAUGCCUCUUAGCAAGUGGGAUUUUUUUCAUUCGUUUUUUAGACAAUGGUCCAAGUGGGAGCCGAUAAAUCCACUUUUUCUUACCUUUUCAAGACUCAAUUGGGAAAUCCCUUUUCUCCGUGAACCAGACCCACUUUUUAAAUUCUUUGUGGGAUGUGCCACUGUCGUUUUAUUGUUCAUGGGCAGCAUGUUUCUUGUACCGGCUAUAAUAUAUUCAGAGUGGCAUGUGAGCACAACUAUAGGAUAUCUUUCAGCAAUGCUCUUCUUCAUUGCUCUUUUACCACUUACUUGGAUGCAUUUUGUUUGGAAUCGAUGUAAAGACCCCCAUGAUGAACAAGAAGGACAUGUUCUUCAACCGCGAAAUAAAUUGCUUCAUUUUAUGUACCAAACUAGUAUCAAAGUUGUUUGGAGUGCGGUUCUCAGAACUGCUCUUUAUCUUGUCAUCACCAUUAUGCUUGCUCUCUGUGCUAUGUUUGACAUGCUCUUUGAAUGUAAAAAUACUGACCGUCUAGAAAAUAAUGCAACAUCAAGUUUUACUGUCGAUGGUGCUUCCGAUUUAAAAUGUAGAAUUUCUCCACCUUGGCACAUGUCUGAAACAUGUUCAUUGGCAAUUUUAACCAGUUUUCUGUUUCUACGAGUUCAUUAUCUUUUAAAACUAAUAAUUGGUAUUAGUAUUGUUGGAUUUUAUACAUGGAAUAUUACUGAAUAUCGUUCAGCUAUUUUUCAAAGUGGAGAUACAUGGCAUCCUGAUUUAAAACCACAGCUUGCUCAUAUUCUCAAUGUGGCUUUCCUUACUUUUUCUCUUCAUCUCAUCGAUCGUCAGGCAGAGUACCUGAGUAGACUAGACUAUCAAUGGAAACGACAAUUAACUCAGGAACAAGAUGAAGCAUUUCACACUAGAAAUGCAAAUAAAUUAUUACUUCGUAAUAUUUUACCAGAGCAUGUUGCAGACUUUUAUUUAAAUAUGAACAGAUCUGAAGAGAAUGAAUUAUAUCAUGAAGCUCACGAUCAAGUAGCAGUUAUUUUUGCCUCUUUAACUGAUUUAUCAAUUGACGAAAGUAAUAUUUUAGUCGAUCUCAAUGAAAUAAUAUGUGAGUUUGAUAAGCUGCUGUUUGAGCCGGGAUUUAUGUGUCGAAUUGAAAAGAUAAAAAUUGCCGGUACUACAUACAUGGCAGCAUGUGGAUUAGAAGCAGGUCGACGAAGUUCAACAGAGAGUGCUUAUGACAAUAAUGUACAUGUGGUCAGAGUAAUGGCUGAAUUUGCUGUAAGAAUGAUGGCAAUAUUAGAUCGUUUAAAUGCUGAAACAUUUGCCCAUGCAGCUAAACCUUAUAAAUUAAGGAUUGGAAUAUCUCAUGGUGAAGUAACAGCUGGUGUUGUUGGUGCGCAAAAACCAUUGUAUGACAUUUGGGGUGAUGCUGUUAAUAUGGCAUCUCGAAUGGACACUACAGGAGUGCCUGGAAAGAUUCAAGUGACAUCAGAAACUGCUGCAGUCCUAGAACAAAAUGGAAUUAAAUGUUAUCUUCGAGGUGAAACGUGGGUUAAACCUAAGGGAUUAGUUACGACAUAUUUUAUUGCUGUUGAUGAAAACAGACGACUUAUUAGCACAGAUUCUGUUGAGGAGACGAAUCUUUAAUCUUUACAUGGUUGGAUUUUUAUUGCCUCAAGCGCUAAAAAAUUACUUAGAAGACGAUAGUAAAUUGAAAGCAUAAUUUACAUCAAUCAUAAUUCUAACAGAAUUAAACAAAAAAUUACUAAAGUGUAAAAUAUUUUUUUAUUCUUCUAUUAAAAAGAUAAUCAAUGAUUAUUUAAAGAAAGUGGUACAACAUUCGAAAUAUCAUUAACCUUUAAAAAUACAUCAUAUAAAUAAUAAUUUAAUAGAAAACAAAAAAACAAAUCAACUUGAAAUUUUACUCUAUAAACAAUUGUUUAAUAAGUAAUAAAUUGAAUGCCAUCUAUUCAAUAAAUCAAAGAGAACAAUUACUUGAUUUUCUGUUUUUCAAAGAUAGUUUUUGGUACUCGAGGCAUUUUUAUAAAUGACAGAUAUUAGUUAUUUUAUGAAGAUAUAAAAUAGAUAGAAACUUUUUUUAAUCAACCAAAGAUAAAAAUAGAUAUCCAGAAACAUAAGGAUGAUCUUCCAUCUUUGAACUCAGAGGAAUUGCACGAAUGCUUUUGCACAAAGUAAUUAUUUAGUACUAAAUUAAAGCCAGUAUCAAGAACUAAUAAAAUUACCCUAAUUUUUAUAUUAAUGUAAAUAAUUUCGUUGAAUAUUAAAUAUUUAAAACCCAACGAAAAAAUUAUAUAGAUGGGUUUAUUUAAAAAAAAUAUAGAUGUCAAUUCUAAAUGCAAAAAUAAUCCCAAUACAGCUUCAUUAACAAAUUGAAUUUUGGAAAGUAAAUGAGGGUAAAAAAUUCGUCUCUUGUGCAAGACAAACGACCAAUUUUUUAAUUAAUUAGCUAAAUUUACAAGGAUAUUUAUCUAUUUACGAUUUUAAUUUAUAAUGAAAUUUUGUUUGAUGGAUAUUACAUAUAAUCAUAGCAUAUUUCUAUGUAGAGCAAAAGAAUUGUAAAUGAUCUUCCGAGUGAAUGUUAGAAAAUAAAAAAUUUAUAGGUAUUUUCUAUACGCGAGAAAGCUCGUUUUCACCAUGAUUGUAUACAAAUUAAAUGUUUCGGGUGUCUCGCAUUUAUUUGUAAAUAUUCUGUACAAAUAUUUUGGAUAUUCUCGGAAAUCCAUACAAUUAAGUUUAAUGAUAAAAUAAGUACGUAAAUAAAGUAUUCAUCACUCUAAAUUAAUCAAUAAAAAUUUAAGAAA